UCAAUUAUAAAAGUCAGAGUAUUUAAUCAACAAUCGUUAGCGAUAAUCAGACAACAGUUGACCGGUGACCGCAUAGAGAGUUGGACGCCUCUACAAUUCGCCACGCACUUAAAAUUACGAUCAUAAUUACGCGCUAAUGGAUAAUUUCAAAACCGUCGACUUUAGUUCUUUGGGCGAAGAAAUAAAAAGUUUAUUACGAGAAGCCGUGGAGAUUCGAAAACGAGCUUAUUGUCCAUACUCGAAUUUCGCAGUGGGUGCAGCGAUUCUCACAGAAGAUGGUUCAAAAGUAUAUACAGGAUGUAACAUAGAAAAUUCAACGCUCACGCCAUGUAUCUGCGCAGAGAGAGCGGCUGUACCAAAAGCUGUUUGCGACGGCUAUGUGAAUUUCAAAGCAGUGGCAGUGGUCGCCUAUCAGAAAGACAGCUUCACGGCGCCCUGCGGUGUGUGUAGACAAACUCUAAGCGAAUUCUGUGGUUCCGAUGGUGACAUUCAAGUGUAUUUGAGCAAACCAACUUUGGACAAAGUCUUGUGUACGAAGUUAUCUGAAUUGUUACCACUUUCAUUCGUCAGUUACAAGAAAGACAGUGUUAUUGAGAACUGAGCUAUUCAGUAGUCAUGUUGACUAAAGCAAAACGUUUAUAGUAAAACAUUUUUAUCUAGUUA